UGUAUUACAAAGGCAUAGCAAUGAACAACUCAGGCUUAAGCCAAGUCACUUGGCUUCGGUGAUCUUUUGUAACAAAUUCAAAAAGGCCAUUUUUAUGUGAAAAGAGGACUGUGUCAGUUUGAAAUCCCUUCACUUGAGGUGUUGAGAUUUUAAAUCAUAUCAUCGAGUCGUAAAGGUUCUUCAAGAUGCCUUUCCCAUUUAUAUUACCCACUACAUCAUCGUUCUCCUUCUCCUCGAGCUUCACAUGCGAGUCUCACCCCUCACUACCUCUAAGUACGAGUACGCACCGAGGGGUCGUGAAAGAUUCUUUGAAAAAGCAUAAGCGACUUCCUGCAGCAUCUCAAGGUCCUAAUCUACCUUCAAUACUCUCCAACUUGAAUAACUAUCUCCCAUAUCUCCUCGCCAUCGAUGCUGGCUUAAGUAAUAAAGCGAUCUCCGGAGAGGAAGUCAGUGUGGUUUUAACUUCUAAUCCCACUAUUGAAUGGCGACCUACUUUAUCAGAUCAUGCCGUGCCGGGCAAGGAAAUAGCCAGAGUCAAAGUUCAGUCUAUAGAAUAUGAGUUGUUCUUUGCUCUCUCCGCUGUGGGCUAUACCCAUACUCUGCUUGCUCGCUCUUCCCUGCAUCCACUAUACGUUACCUCAGGUGUACCACUCAGUGCGCAAGAACGGACUGCUGCCAUAACCACGGCUACAAAACACUUGUUAGACGCCGCCUCGGUGCAUGAUUAUCUUGCUCGUCGAGCGGAGAGUCUAACUACAACACCCCCAUGUGCUGAUAUUUCGCAAUCUACCGCCCGUGCCAUGUCCUCGUUAGCCCUGGCCGAAGCAACGCUGCUUGCUGUUCUGAAGGAUGAUCCGUACCCAGCGGUAGUGGUGCAGGACCGGAGUGCGAACGACCGGGAGUGGAUGUACAAAGCGCCCGAGAUACCCAAGGUCCGAGCCCACCUCUUCGCUCGACUAUGUCUCGCGGCCGCAGACCACGCAGCCCAAGCAUCUUCCUUAUGUCAAUCGCAAGGAAGAGGUCCAUCGAAGCUCAAUGAGGGGUUGCUACGUUAUCUAGAGGACUUUAGGAAGACGAGCCGAGCAAAGGCGUGCCGGUUCUUCGGCAUAGACGCCGAGCUGGGAGGCCAGACCGGAAAUGCUCUGGGUUGGCUCCGAUGCGGUCUUCAGGAACUCGGGGUCGAGUCAAAAGAGACUAAGAAGGGACUUAGUUUCACGCGGAUGAAGAAAGACUGGUCCGAGAGGAGGGAAGACAAGAAAGUCGAAAGGGGCACAAAUUGGGGCGCGGACGCAGGUAGGGUAGAGGAGACGAGAGUGAUUGAGAUGCUAGAGGCGAAGUGGACUAAAAUCAACGAUACCAUGAUGACCCAGACUAUCCCGCCACCUGGCACUUUACUAGCUGGCCUUCCGUCUGGGAGAGACAUGCACACUAUUAAACCAUACCAACUCCCAGAGCUUGGAAGGGAAUCUCUCGAAGCGAUGCGUGCACCUCCAGAUCGGUCAGACGAUUUUGGAGACGACCAAUUCAGCUCGGACGACGAGACCGCCGUUGAGACGCCGGUUGGCGCAUUUCCAGGCACGGCAAACGAGUAUCGAAGCACGAGCACGAGGUCGUAUUAUUAGAGGUGUCUGUCUCUUAGUGAAGCAGGGAGGAACAUAGCCUACAUCAUGUCGCUCUUCAACCAAUGCAUAUGUUUAAUAGAGUCCAGGUAGGAAUGGGCGCAUAACAGCAUCAUGUUCCAUGUUGGCAUAGGUAUUAUAUACAGAUAGCCUGAGAGCAUACAGGAUUUAUGGUAUUUAGGAAAUAGUUAUGCCCACUUGGUUUUGGCAACAUAGAGUAUGGUCGUUAGCUACGAUAUAGGGAAGCAAAGCCCGCCUUAGGUUUCCUGGCUCAUUUCAUAGUAACGGCUUUUCGAGCAAGGAUAACUCAUGUAGACCUUGAAAGUAAAUAUCGAACAAUUUAUGAAAACAA